AUGGAGCCAAUCAACAUUGACUAUCUGAUCAAACCAUUUUUCGCGUUUCCAGCAUGGUCCUGGUUCUCUACUAGCUUUUGGUACUCUGCCACCUUUUGGGGUGUUGUUUUUUGGGUUCUCUGGGUCCAUCGCUAUCUUCGCCUCUUCGUUCAUUGUGUUAGUCACUGGGUUUACAAAUCCAAACCCAUCGCAGCCAAGCCGACCUUUACCAACCAAGAUGUCACCGUUGUUAUUCCAACCAUUCAUAAUGUGUUUGAGGAGCUUCGGCCUUCGCUUCAGAGCAUUCUUGCCUGCAAGCCGGCCGAGCUCAUUUUGGUCACGACCCACGACAAGAGGCAGGAUCUGGACAAGCUUGCCGCUACUCUUGGAUACCCCUCCAUUCGCGUCUUCGACACCCCAAUUGCCAACAAGCGCCUUCAGGUCUGCGAGGCCUUGCCCCAUGUAAAGACUCCCAUUACCAUCAUGGCGGACGACGAUGUGACCUGGCCCUCGACUCUCAUGCCAUGGAUUCUUGCUCCUUUUGAGGAUCCCAAGAUGGGUGGUGUCGGUACAAACCAGCGCGUUCGUCGCGAAUGGGAUGCGCCUCUGUCUGGCCGCCUUUGGAACUGGCUCGGCGCGGCUUACAUCGAACGUCGCAACUUUGAGAUUUCGGCCACGCACAACAUGGACGGCGGUACUUCUUGCAUGUCGGGUCGCACAGGCGCCUAUCGAUCGGAAAUUUUGCAGAGCCACGACUUCCUGCACGGCUUUAAGAACGAAAAAUGGCGGAAGUGGAUUCUCAACGCCGACGACGACAACUUUGUCACGCGCUGGCUCGUCAGCCAUCAGUGGAAGACGUGGAUUCAGUACGAGCGCGAAUGCGAGCUCGAGACGACUUUGGAGAACGGCCCCAAGUUUCUGUAUCAGUGCACCCGGUGGGCGCGCAGCAACUGGCGCAGCAACUGGACCAGCCUCGCGCGCGAGAGGCACGUUUGGGUCCAGCAGCCAUGGUGCACCUAUGCCCUGCACUUUGCAACCUUUACCUCUCUUGCCUUUGCUAUCGACCCGCUUCUGCUCGCUGCUUGCUGGUGGGCCACGGCUGAGUGGGAUCUUGGCAGUCGCCAGUAUGCAUUCUGGGCCCAGUUCAUCUUCAUGUUUGCCUUUACCAAGGUCGUCAAGCUCAUGGGCCUGUUCCGCCGCAACCCCGCCGACAUUUGCUAUCUGCCUCUGUCCAUCGUCUUUGGCUACUUCCACGGCCUGAUUAAGCUCUAUGCUCUCAUCACUCUUAACAUGACGUCGUGGGGUAGCAGAGCCGAUGGCGACACCAACGACGAGCAGCGUCUUGCCCCCGCACCGCGACCCUCUGUAGUUCUCAAGACACCCCCGGGUAAUGCUUCUCUCAUCCGAUUUAAUGUACGUCACAAGGGACGAUCCGUACAGACUCAGGACGAGCAGGACGCAAGUUGGGAAAAGCGCGGGUAUGCUGCCUACGACUCUAGCACAUCCUACAUCCCCAUCCGAGUUCCCAGCGCCUUUCAAGACGGCGCCGUGGGCUACAACGGCGACAAGGUUGUGUCUUCCUACUAA